CCGCUGGGUGGGGCGCGGUGGCAGCCGGGGGUUGGCGGGGAGUGUGGACGUGGCAGGCAGCGGGCGGGGGAGCGGUGGCGUCGGAAACCGGAAGCGGGUCCAGCAGCGGCGCCGGGAGAAACGGGCAGCGGCGGUGAGAUUAGUUUGGGGAUGUGAAUACAAUGAGUGUAAACCAGCCAGCUCACACAGGGCCUCCUUACGGGCGACCUCAGCCUGGAUAUCAGGGAUACCAGCAGCCUGCCUACGGAGGACAGCCAUUGCCAGGGGUUCCUCAAUUGCAAUAUGGAGCUUAUAAUGGUCCGAUGCCAGGAUAUCAACAGCCACCCCCUCCACAAGGUUACUUUCCUUCCUUGGGGUUCCCUUCGAAGGGCUCUCCUGUUUCUCUCAACUCUGACACUUCUUCUCUUGCACCUAAUUUCAUAGGCUCAUUAAGAGCCCCUUCAACAUCUGGAGCAUCUCUUCCUUCUGAUCACCUGACAUACAGUCCAUUUGGACAGGGAGAUGUGCAGAAUGGGAUUCCAACCUCAGCAGCCCCGAUGCAGAGGCCACCUGCUUCUCAGCCGUAUCUGCCAGGCUCAGCAUCCAUGCCUGUCACCCAGACGCCUGCGUUCCAGCAAUAUGGUCCCCCCCCAGCCAGUGUACAGCAGCUCAGCAAUCACAUGGCAGGGAUGACAAUUGGCACUGUUGCAGCCUCUGCUGCUCCCCCAGCCGGACUAGGAUAUGGUGCCCCAAGGCCGCCUACCAUGCCAGGCCCACCACUGCCUGGGCAGACAGCUCCUGUACCACCAGCGUCCCAGCCUAAUCAUGUAUUCUCACCGCCACCUCCAACAUCGAUGUCAGGGCCACAGCCUGGGCCUCCCAUGAGUAGCCUCCAUGGACCCCCUCCUCCAACUCAUCCUCCUCAGCCAGGAUACCAAAUGCAGCAGAACGGUUCCUUUGGGCAGGUGAGGGGUCCUCAACCAAACUAUGGAGCAGCCUAUCCAGGAGCACCAAAUUAUGGAAGGCAACCUGGACCACCACCUCCACCCAAACGCUUGGAUCCAGAUUCCAUUCCUAGCCCUCAACUUAAUGAGCUGCCACCCCAGCAGAAACCCAGGCACAGAAUAGACCCAGAUGCAAUUCCUAGUCCAAUUCAAGUGAUUGAAGAUGACAGAAAUAACUGUGGGUCAGAACCAUUUGUCACUGGAGUGAGAGGGCAGGUCCCACCUCUUGUUACUACGGAUUUCUUGGUCAAGGAUCAAGGUAAUGCAAGCCCCCGCUACAUAAGAUGCACAUCUUACAAUAUUCCCUGCACCUCAGAUAUGGCCAAACAGUCCCAAGUUCCUCUAGCUGCUGUCAUAAAACCGCUGGCUACUCUACGCCCAGAGGAGACCCUUCCUUAUUUGGUAGACCAUGGAGAAUCUGGUCCUGUCCGCUGUAAUAGGUGCAAGGCUUACAUGUGCCCUUUUAUGCAAUUCAUUGAGGGUGGAAGGAGGUUCCAGUGUUGUUUCUGCAGCUGUGUCACUGAGGUGCCACCUCACUACUUCCAGCAUUUGGAUCAUACUGGAAAGCGAGUAGACUUCUAUGACCGACCUGAGUUAUCACUGGGGUCUUAUGAGUUUCUAGCAACAGUUGACUAUUGCAAGAAUAACAAGUUUCCCAGUCCCCCUGCUUUCAUUUUCAUGAUUGAUGUGUCUUACAAUGCUGUAAAGAGUGGCUUAGUGAGACUAAUAUGUGAAGAAUUAAAGUCACUUCUAGAUUACCUGCCCAGGGAAGGCAACAUGGAAGAGUCAGCCAUUCGAGUAGGCUUUGUCACCUACAACAAAGUGUUACACUUCUACAAUGUGAAAAGCUCCCUUGCACAGCCACAAAUGAUGGUUGUCUCAGAUGUGGCAGAUAUGUUUGUGCCUCUCCUUGAUGGUUUUCUGGUGAACGUGAACGAGUCCAGGACAGUUAUUGCCAGUUUGCUGGAUCAGAUUCCAGAAAUGUUUGCAGACACAAGAGAAACAGAAACUGUUUUUGCACCGGUGAUUCAAGCAGGGCUGGAGGCACUGAAGGCAGCUGAGUGUGCUGGAAAGCUCUUCAUUUUCCACACUUCUCUGCCCAUUGCAGAGGCCCCAGGAAAGUUAAAGAACAGGGAUGAUAAGAAACUGAUCAACACAGAUAAGGAGAAGACCUUGUUUCAGCCGCAGACAAGCUUUUACAACAACUUGGCCAAAGACUGUGUGACCCAGGGCUGCUGUGUGGAUCUGUUCCUGUUUCCAAACCAGUAUUUGGAUGUGGCGACACUAGGUGUAGUCACUUACCAGACUGGAGGCUCCAUUUAUAAGUAUGCAUAUUUCCAGCUGGAGACUGACCAGGAUAGGUUCCUGAAUGACUUGAGAAGAGAUGUCCAGAAAGAAGUGGGAUUUGAUGCUGUAAUGAGAGUGCGCACAAGCACAGGUAUUCGAGCAACUGACUUCUUUGGAGCUUUCUAUAUGAGCAACACCACUGAUGUAGAGAUGGCAGGUUUGGACUGUGAUAAAACAAUCACAGUGGAAUUCAAGCACGAUGACAAACUGAGUGAAGACAGCGGUGCCCUCCUUCAGUGUGCUCUGUUAUAUACAAGUUGCACAGGACAGCGACGACUCCGCAUUCACAACCUGUCCUUAAACUGUUGCACACAGCUUGCUGACCUGUAUCGAAACUGUGAGACAGACACACUCAUAAAUUACUUGGCUAAAUAUGCAUAUCGUGGAGUUCUGAGUAGUCCAGUAAAGACUGUACGAGAUGCAUUGAUCAGCCAGUGUGCCCAGAUCCUAGCUUGCUAUAGAAAGAACUGUGCUAGUCCCUCUUCUGCUGGCCAGCUGAUCCUUCCUGAAUGCAUGAAGCUGCUUCCUGUGUACUUGAAUUGUGUGUUGAAGAGCGACGUCCUUCAGCCUGGUCUAGAGGUCACAACAGAUGACCGUGCUUACAUUCGUCAGUUAGUCACAUCCAUGGAUGUGGCUGAAACAAAUGUUUUCUUUUAUCCUAGGCUUUUGCCCCUGACCAAAGCAGAUGUUGACAGUGACUCCUUGCCAGCAGCAAUCCGGAACUCAGAAGAACGUCUUUCCAAGGGUGACAUAUACCUGCUGGAGAAUGGGCUGAACAUCUUUGUGUGGGUGGGAGUCAACGUGCAACAAGGCUUGAUCCAGAACCUCUUUGGAGUGUCAUCCUUCAGUCAGAUUAGCAAUGGCCUGAGUACCCUGCCUGUCUUGGAAAAUCCCUUUUCAAAGAAAGUACGAUCUAUUAUUGACAUGCUUCAAAUGCAGAGAUCCCGCUACAUGAAGUUAAUAAUUGUGAAGCAAGAAGAUAAGCUGGAAAUGCUGUUCAAACACUUUCUAGUGGAGGACAAGAGCCUGAGUGGGGGGGCUUCAUAUGUGGACUUCCUGUGUCACAUGCAUAAGGAGAUUCGGCAACUACUGAGCUAGAGGAGGGAGUGGUGCUGGAACUCGGCAGUGACAUUUCGGUCUCCACUAAUGACCUGAUCAGAUGGUCCAGCGCCCUCAAAAAGGACAGCAUAGAAAUCUGUACAAUUCCAUAAUUUUUAAUACACAUUGCAUAAGCAGAAAUCCUUUCAACCUCUCCCAGUCCCAUAUGAGAGAUGACAAAUUUUCUUGGUGAGGGCUAAAAAGAAGCAAAAGGCCUUUAAUACCAGGUCUUUUACUUGCAUCUAAAUUGUUUCCUGUGCUUGGCAGGAGUUCACCCCCCUCCCCAUGCUCGCUAACCCUGUCGUAAUGAAUGUAGGUUUUUUCAGUUCACUGUACAUGAUUCAACACUGGGUGAAAAAGCGAUAACUCUUCAAAACUUCUGGUAGUUGCUGUGUGUUUGUAUGGGCGUGUGUGCAUGCUCCGAGUGUGGAGGGGAUGCAGGUGGGGAGGAUGAGAGGCAGGUCAGGUGAUGGGAGCUGGAGCAGCCAAACAUUUUGUGUCUCCUCUUAAGAGGGAAACAUGAAGUUGCAGAGCACAGAUAUAUCAUGUGGCUGGCUGAACCAGAAAGCCAUGAAAAAGGAAAUGAGCAGUAACCCAGGAGGCAACAGGGCAAAUUUCUUUCCAUAAUCUUCCCCAUACUAUAAGUUGCUGUGCCGAUCUGUAAUGGAAUAGUAGUUCAGUGAGCAACAAUCAAAAGCUUCUGAGCAGUGUAGGGGUAGAGCUGGUGCUUCCUGUUGGCAUGUGUGGUGUCUCCUGUCCUUCUCAUUGCACGGCUCUGUAAUGUUCUACUCAAUCCAUGUUCCAUGGCCUCUCCUCCAGAGCUUACCUGUCUAAUCAGAUGGUGGUGGGAACAAAACCUCUUAACUGUAAGCAGAAAAUGCUUUUAACAAGGUGAUGUGGGGCUGUGUAGGAACUGGAUGAUAAGGAAGUGGCCAUUUUCAACCAUAUUAUUGUGAAUCAUAGCAAACAAGUAGGAAUUUUAUUUAUACUGAUGCAAAUUUGAAACUGCUUUGUACCCUGGAAUACAAGGAAGGAGAUAAAACCCCCUGAGACUUAGACUGUACUGUAGUAGGUAUUACAAGUACCUGAUUACGGUUAUUGAAAGCAUCUGGGCCAUAGUGAAGAGUUUCAUUACCGGAUGUUUGUACCCUCCCCCAUUCUAUCUACUGAUCAGCUUGCACAAAACCUUUUUAUAAGCCUGUUUGUUUAACUAAAAUACCUCAGACAGAUUAAUCCAUCCACUUAGGCCACUCUGCUUCUCCAUCCUGCAAGGGUGGAAGAGAAAAUCCUGCGAUGAGGGAGUGGGUGUAAAUCAAAUUCAGAAUUAUAAGGGCUUUGUUUAUUCAUUUAGAAAGAGGGCUUGUAUAUUUUGGCUUGAACGCUUAACAAGCAUUCUUACAAUACCCAGGAGUUUAAGCUACAAAUAGCACUAAAAGUGGAAGGAAGAAUGUGAGUGGAUUAGAGAACAUACUAUCUGGGGUUGCUAUUUCAGAGAAAAGUCCUUGUUAAGGUGAGAAAAAUACCUGCCUGUGGUUUUAGUUCCCUAUCCUUGUAGCAUGCGUAUGAAUCCAUUUUAUUUCUAAUGCUGCUAGUUUGUCUUCCCUCCCAUCACUACACAGAAAGGGGAAUAUGAAACUUGUAAUGGAGAAACUCUUUCAAGAUGUAGUUGACAGAACCUUCAGCGUUUUUGUAUGAAUGUGGCUGACUUUUUACUCCACGUACUGCCUCCAACCAAAAAAUCUAGAGGAUUUUUAACCAGAGGGGGAAAAAGAACUUCACAGGAAUAUAAGGCACAGCAACCACAGACUUCCACAAAUACUAAUUUCUAGUAUUAAUACUGGGGGGUGUGGGGGUGGAAAUGAAAUGAUAAAUGAACCUUUCAUUUUCUUCACUUGUUUUUCCAAUGCAUCUUUUAAUUUGUAAAGAAAUAAAAAUAUAUUAAGAUGUA